CCGUUGUAUUGCCUUGUUACUUAUUAAGACGCAAAUUAUUGUUGACUGCCAAUGCUAAGUGCUUGUUCCUAUAAUUCGAAGUAAUCCAUUGUGAGAUUCAUAUUUAAGCCCACUGUUGAGGUUCAUUCAAAAGUAAUUCAAACGAAAAGAGCAGCUGAUUGGCUGCUCUAGCUUGCGUUGACAAGUUGGCAAUGUGAGAGGCCUUUCUUUCUUUUGGGGUCUGAGUAUCUCAUUCCAAAUGAGAGAGAGAAGGGGUGAGGAGGCGUCAUCUUGAAGGUGACACAAUGUAAAAACGAGUGGCAGAGGCAAGCAUUCAGAACUGCAAUUAGAAAAGCAGACGGAGGAAUCUAAUUCUACUGUUCUUUACUUACAAAAGAAGCAAUAUGUAUAAUGACUGACUCACAGAAGUCCAGACACCUAGAAUACCUCUUUUGACAAAAUAAAGGAUCAGAUGUGACCCUUGAUGGUGUAGGGUGGGCAGGAACAUAUAGUUGUCUAGGGAGCGAAACUUCUUCGUGAAGGUUACUGAAGGGAAUGCCGAAUUGAUUGGAAGCUUUCAGAAGUGCAUGGUGAAAGGAUGGUAAGAGUGGAAUCUAGCUUUAUCCAAAAUGAAGCGAAGUCAUGGAUGCAGCUUUAGAGCUAGAUGCGUCACUAGCACAUGCUUAGUUUUAAACUGCUACUUUGUGUGGGAUCUCCAAGAAUGAACCCCUCUUUCAUGGAAGGACUUGAGCAAGUUCCCUUUUUCUUCUGUCAAGAUUAUAUUAGUAUCAAUACAAAAGUUCUUCCUGGAAUCUGGACGAGAUAAAUUAGGAUUAGCCUCAAAUCCCAACUAGUAAAGAUAUUAUGAUCACUUUUAGAAAGUAUUAAGGUGUGGUGUUCUGAAGUUAUUUCUUUUGUUCUAUAGACCAAUUGCUGUAAUUGCAUAUUUGAAAAUAGAAUCCAUGCUUUUUGUUGCUUCAUAGAAAUAUAUUAUGAACCUACAGCUAUUAUUCUUCUCAUUUCUUGGAAUAAGAGAAUCCACAGUAAAAGUAGGUCUCUUUGAGUGUAGAGGACCCCCGAGAGACCGGAAGAAAAAUUAACUAGCUAUGUCUCUCGUUUCUGUCCCUGUGUUGCUCUAUAAGAGCUCCAUCCUUUUUGUUCCGUAUAACCCAAUUCUCCUGCUUAUUAUUUUCUGAGAGCUGUUUACUAGAGGUAGUCAAGAGUGAAUUGCCAUGAAUUAUAAGAAAAGAAGCAGCGACUCCCUUUGUGAGAGGUCUAUGAAGAUGGUGACAAACGUCCUUAGGUUAUCAUCUCUUUCAAUAGCCAGCAUGAGCUUAGGAACCACUGGUCGUUCAGUUUCAGCUCAAAGUCAUAGUGCUAAGGAUUCUUCCAUGAUGGCUGAUGAACCAGUUGUUCCGCAAUUUGCUGGUAGCCGCCGAUCACAAGAGCCGCAGAGCUGGUCCAAGCCCGUUUCAUACUUGGUGGAGCUGGAAGAUGGGAUUGAGUCUGCAUAUGUGUUUCGCGAUGACAAGAACGUCGAUGGUAUGGCUUCCGACUAUAUCGAACGGGUCCACAAGAAGAAUCAACAUUAUUGCCGCGAAGCAUCUGAGGAUUCUCCUAUCAUCUUGCCUCCUCCACCUAGUAUGCUGAAGUACAAUGAAAUAAGGCUUAAUGGAAAGUUCAUAUGGAGCUGGCUCUCCCUCUCCCGCCUUCUCUCUCUCUGUCUCUCUCCCUCCCCCCCUCUCUCUCUCUCUCUGGACCCUGCACAAACAGGGGAGAUCACAGUGUGUGGCUGGCUGUCUUGGCUUUGCUGGUCAGUUGUAUGUAAAUGAUUUGUUCCUAA